UUGUAAUCGUUUCAAUAUCCUAUCACGUUACAAAGUAACAGGCAUUAAUCUAGAGGAUCAUCAAUCAUUUUCCUCUGCAACUCGCAGUUGCAAUGAUGAACCUGAACAUAGCCGUUUAUUCACCAGUUGGCAGGAUUAUAUCAUAUAAGCUGGAAUGGAUUACAAAGAAUUCGAAUCGAUGAGCAGAGCAGUACCAAAAUUAUUUCGAGAUUCUUUAUCAGGCGUUUUGAAGUAUGGAGGCCAGAGAAAACAAGAAGGUCAAACCUGUCGAAACCAUUUUGUUGUGAUUCUCGUAGAACAAAAUGGUGAAAAAUUCAGACUUGGUUCACAAUUUCGACGUCAAGAUGUGCAGGUGAGGCAGUGCCUGGCAGGGUCGGUUGUCAACGAGUUCAAAUUCGACAAAAACUUAUUCAGCGUCAUUGAGGUCAUACAGCAAAUAAACGACAACUUCAUAGCUGCGGUCGCGUUAAGUCGCCAAAAUAAGAAGGUCCUGCUUUUAUUGGAUCAACACGCAAUUCACGAAAGGAUUCGUUACGACAAUUUGCUAAGAGAUUACACCUCCUGGGAUCGUAAGAGCUUUAUACCAGCCAACUUAAGCAUACCAAUCAUCUUCAGUGACCAGCCGAUCCCGCUGUGCAAUUGGAUAUUAGAACAUUCAAAAGAAGUUCACCGUUCGGGUUUGAGGAUAAGAUCAGAGAAAAUGGGAUAUUUGACCGUAACUAGCAUACCAAAGUGUUUCGAUAGGAGAAGGUUCCACCAAAACCGCACUGAAUUGGAACGUGUUGUGAAAAAAUUGUUGAACGAUAUAGCUAGUGACUUAAAGAAUAAUCACUGGAACGUUGCAACUACUCCCAGGAUACCGAUGACUAUUCAUAAUGCUAUUGCGACCGAAGCUUGUCAUGGGGCCAUUAAAUUUAACGAAAAAAUGAACGUUGACCAGUGUACGGAACUUGUGAGAUUGUUAAUGGACACAGAAGCACCAAGUCGUUGUGCACAUGGUCGCCCAUCUGUAAUACCACUUUUGGAACUUGAAGCCUCUAAAAUUCAAACGCAGCUUUUCAAGAGGAUCUCGGGCGUAUUAUUACAAAGUCCAAAAUUCAGGAAAUUCGGCUACUGCGCCGGUCAGAAUAAGGUGCGUGGCUCUAAACUCCUCAAGACACCGACCAAUAACACAUUGGUUAUAUUACAAUAUAAUACUGCAGCUGACAUCGGAAAGAAUAUUUGCGGAUUCUGUUGGGAGCUGCAGCAGUAAAACGAUCCCAAAGGUUACGUAAACCAAAAGCUUUUCGGAGUAGUGAUAAUAAAGUUUACGCGAUUUGAAAUAUUACGAUCCUAAAAAG